CAAAAAGAUUUAGUUUUAAACCGUAAUCUUCUUCACUCGUCACCAUCACUUCUACUCUUGCCAGCGAGAUCAAGAUCUUCACCACAACGGCGACACCACUCACCGCCCAGUCUCCUUCACCGCUACAUUCAUCUGUUUCCGUGUUUUGUCUCUCUAGUAAGUGGUGCUUCUCACUUCAUCGUCUCAUUCUAGGUUUUUUUCCUCCAUUUGCGAUGCCUACUCUGUUCGCGGUUGUCAAUUCUUGCAUGAUCACAGGUAGUAUAUUUCAUUCUCUCACCAAUGUAAUUUAGGGUUAAGUUUUUGUUGUUAAUUUCUUUGAAUUUUGGAAUAAUACGAGAAAGGAAAGGUGAAAUUUGCCUUCGUUGAUGAAACAAAGGUGUACUAUUCAGUUCACAUGAGCUUCAGCAUUCGCAACAACAACGAAGAAGAAUGUGAGGCAGCGAAUAGUGGGAAACAACUCUAAGGGAUGUAGGUACUUCUGAUUUAGAUUUUUAAUUUGUUUCAUUUUCUUAAGGAGCUACCUGUAAUGAUUCAAGUUGUAGGUAAUUGUUUGUUCAUCACCUUGCAUUUGAGUGGAAAAUUUUCAUAUUUACAUUUCAUGUUGUUCCUGUAAAUCUGGAUUUUCAUUGACCCUCGUUUGGCUUUGUGUAACAUAAGAGCUUGUGCUCGCCAACAUGCCUAUUGUUCUCGUUUCCUUUCGUCGCCUUCGUUAGUCUCUUUUAUUGUGAUAAUUAUGUAGUCAUUGACCCUUUAAUAAAAGUCUAUCGCGUUGCGGCCGUAUAAGUCUUGUGACUCUUGUCUCAUUGCACGGCUUCCACUGAGAUUCAUUCGCUGCGACACCUUGUUUGGCCUUUUUUUUUUGUUUCCUCCUUUCGGUAUGUGUAUACUUCUUCCCAGGAUUUCUUCUAGCCUCUGUGCCUUCUUCACUGUUGCCUCACGAGCUUCUUUCAUUAGUUUCAUAAGAUGCCUCGGGGAAAAGCAAAUUCUUCAUCAGCUGCUAAGCCAUCUGACUCUGAGAAGCUAGUUGAAUCUGAUGAGAAGGUUGAUUUUGAGGAGGAAAAUGAUCCAGAAGAAGCUAUGGAAGAAGAAAUUGAGUAUGAAGAAGUAGACGAAGAAGUGGAAGUGGAAGAGAUAGAAGAGGAGAUGGAAGAAGAGGAGGAGGAUCCAGAAGAGGUAGAGGUAGAAGAAGAGGAAGAGGAGGAAGAAGAAGAAGAAGAGAUUGAAGAAGUGAAUGAAGAGGAUGCAAUGCAAAACCAUAGCAGUGAUGAAGCAAAGGUGGAAGAUGAGGACGAGAAGAAAAAACAUGCCGAACUCCUUGCUCUUCCUCCUCAUGGGUCUGAAGUAUACAUUGGUGGCAUUCCUCAUGAUGACUCAAAUGAGGAUUUGAAAUCUUUUUGCGAGAGAAUUGGGGAAGUUGCAGAGGUUCGAGUGAUGAAGGGAAAGCAUUCCAGCGAGAACAAGGGAUUCGGUUUUGUAACAUUUAGAAGUGUGGACUUGGCUUCUAAAGCCAUCAAAGAGCUAAAUAAUACUGAAUUUAAGGGUGUUUACUAUUAUUUCUAUCAAAUAUUCAGGAACAUGGCUGAAGCAGCUGCACUAGAGAAAAAGAAAAUGGGUGUCAGUGAUGGAUCAGUUGGCAUGCUCUCCUCUCUUCUCACUGUUGCUUUAUCCGGGUGUGUUAACGUGCUAUUGACAAAUCCCAUAGCACAUAGAAAAGAGUCGAACCAUGCACCUGAUCAGGGUUUGUUAGUUGCCACUAAGCAAGCAACUAUUUCUGCAGUUGAGCCUCUUCCUUAUGGAACUAGCCGUGUGAGUUUUACUAGUCCUGAUAAUGCUUGGGGACUCCUGAUGAUGUGGAGUUGCAAUGUUCCUAGAAGUUGGGGUGUGGAAGAUCUGAGGAAGAUUGUUUCUGAGGUUGGACCUGGAGUUACUGGUGUGGAACUAGUCAAGGAUAUGAAGAACACCAAUAACAAUCGUGGCUUUGCUUUUAUUGACUAUUAUAAUAGUGUGUGUGCUGAGUAUUCUAAGCUAAAGAUGAUGAGCCCAACAUUUAAGCUAGGUGAGAAUGCUCCAACAGUGAGCUGGGCUGAUCCUAAAAAUGUUGAUUCCUCUGCUGCAUCUCAGUGUUGUAGUCAUCCCUAUCUUGUUGGUCCAGAAUUGCAACCUUCUCUUAACAAGGGUCUCGAACCGUCUCAGUAUCUUGAUUUUGAUUUAAAAGCUAGUGGAAAGUUGCAACUUCUUGAUUCAAUGCUUGAGGAGUUGAGAAAAAGUGAUUUAAGGGUGCUCAUUCUUUUUCAGCAAUAUAAUAAAAAAUUUGGACAAGAAAAGAACAGAAUUGGCUUUGUACAUUUUGCAGAGAGGUCCAAUGCUAUGAAAGCACUGAAAGAUAUGAAUUAGAAGGUAAAGUUUUAGAGUGCUCUUUGGCAAAGCCACAGUCUAAUCAAAAGUCUGGAGGGUCAAACACACAGAAGUCGGGACCAUGAUUGCUUCCAAGUUAUCCACAACAUGUCGGUUAUGGUUUGGUUGGCAGUGCCUAUGGUGCACUAGGUGCGGGAUAUCAUGCUCCAGGUCUUGCACAGGUUUCUGAUCAAGGAAGUGUGCCAACUAAUACAACAAGUUUUUUACAUGAGGAAAAUCAUAUGUGAUAGUUGAAGAAUAUAAUAUAAUGUGGAAGUUAAUUGAAUCAUUUUAUGUUUUGAGAACCAUUGCAGUACUUCAUGAUAGUUUUUGCUGACUAAUAUUGUACUUGAAUUUGAAUUUGAAUUCGUAUAUUUGUUAUACUUUGAUAUACA